UGAGCCUCGGCACCCACUCGCAUCCCUGGGCGUAUCCAGCUGCCUGCGUUGAGCUGUCUGCCCGCUGUACCCGCUGUGCCUGCCCUGCCCGCGCUGUCGCCGCCGCUACCGCUGCUCGACGCGGGAGACGCCAGCGAGCUGGUAAUUGGAGCCCUGAGGAAGUUCGAGUGCCCAGCUCUGCCCCAGGAGCCCAGGCUGCCCUGUCAGUGCCAUAGUUGCCGCAGGAGUGGAGCCAUGAGCUGUGUCCUAGGCGGUGUCGUCCCCUUGGGACUGCUGUUCCUGGUCUGCGGAUCCCAAGGCUACCUGUUGCCCAACGUCACUCUCUUAGAGGAACUGCUCAGCAAAUACCAGCACAACGAGUCUCACUCGCGGAUCCGCAGGGCCAUCCCGAGGGAGGACAAGGAGGAGAUCCUCAUGCUUCACAACAAGCUUCGGGGCCAGGUGCAGCCCCCCGCCUCCAACAUGGAGUCCAUGACCUGGGACGAUGAGCUGGAGAAGUCAGCGACAGCAUGGGCCAGCCAGUGCAUCUGGGAGCACGGGCCCACCAGUCUCCUGGUGUCCAUCGGGCAGAACCUGGCCGCCCACUGGGGCAGGUAUCGCUCUCCCGGCUUCCACGUGCAGUCCUGGUAUGACGAGGUGAAGGACUACACCUACCCCUACCCGAGCGAGUGCAACCCCUGGUGUCCGGAGAGGUGCUCGGGGCCCAUGUGCACGCACUACACACAGAUAGUUUGGGCCACCACCAACAGGAUUGGCUGUGCUGUGAACACCUGCCGGAGGAUGACAGUCUGGGGAGACGUUUGGGAGAAUGCGGUGUACCUCGUCUGCAAUUAUGCUCCCAAGGGGAACUGGAUUGGAGAAGCUCCCUAUAAGAAUGGCCGGCCCUGCUCUGAGUGCCCGCCCAGCUACGGCGGCGGCUGCAGGAACAACUUGUGUUACCGAGAAGAGACCCACACCUCAAAACCUGAAACAGACGAGAUGAACGAGGUGGAAACGGCUCCCAUUCCUGAAGAAAACCAUGUCUGGCUCCAGCCGAGGGUGAACAGACCCACCAAGCCCAAGAAAGCCUCCGCGGUCACCUACAUGACACAAGUCGUCGGAUGUGACACCAAGAUGAAGGACAGGUGCAAAGGGUCCACGUGUAACAGGUACCAGUGCCCGGCAGGCUGCUUGAACCACAAGGCAAAGAUCUUUGGAACUCUGUUCUAUGAGAGUUCGUCCAGCAUAUGCCGCGCCGCCAUCCACUACGGAGUCUUGGACAACAAGGGAGGCCUGGUGGACAUCACCAGGAACGGGAAGGUCCCCUUUUUCGUGAAGUCCGAGAGAAACGGCGUGCAUUCCCUCAGCAAAUACAAAUCUUCUGGCUCAUUCACGGUGUCAAAAGUUAAAGUGCAGGAUUUGGAUUGCUACACCACUGUCGCUCAGCUGUGUCCGUUUGAAAAGCCAGCGACCCACUGUCCAAGAGUCCAUUGCCCAGCGCACUGCAGAGACCAACCAUCCCACUGGGCUCCGGUGUUUGGAACCAACAUCUAUGCAGAUACUUCCAGCAUCUGUAAGACGGCCGUGCACGCAGGAGUCAUCAGUAACGAGAGCGGGGGCUACGUGGACGUGAUGCCCGUGGAUAAAAAGAAGACCUACGUGGGCUCCCUGAGGAACGGAGUUCAGUCUGACAGCCUGAAGACUCCUCGAAAUGAAAAGGCCUUCCGGAUCUUUGCUGUGAGGCAGUGAAUUUCCAGCACGGGAGAAGGGGCAUCUUCAAGAGGGCUUUGGGGUUUUGCUUUUACUUUUAUUUUGUCAUUGCGGGGAGGGGUAUAUGGAGAGUCAGGAAAGUCCCUUUGACUGGUGUUCAGUGUCCAUCACUCUGUGGCCUUUUGGUGAGGUGACAGCUCAUCCCCACACUGAAGCAGCAGCAUCCCGGGGUGCUCAGCCAGACCCCUGGUGCCCAAUCCUGCUGGGGCCCCGGGGUCUCCAUCUGGGUGCCCUCUCUCCUUUAGACACCUGACCCGUCUCUUAAAGGGGACAGUUGCCAAAAUAUUACUUGCUAUGUGUUCUUCCGUUGGUGGGGAAAGUUGAUUUCAACCCCCUCCAUCCCCCGCAAAGAGAGCAAACCUUCUGAGCUCACAACUGUGAAGCAUUCAUGCUGUCAAAAGAGGCCUUUCAAGGAAGUGCCGGUGAGUUUCAGGAAUGAAGUAGAAGGUAGUUAUUUAAAAAUAAAAAACACAGUCCGUCCCUACUAA